AUGCGGGUUGGAUCGGAGAAUACAUCAUGGGAUGGUUGUAUUUUUCUAUUGGUUCAUCUCACUGUUCUUGCGUUUCAUUCCUGUAGUAAUUACUACUACUCCUCCUCAGACUCAGAAAGUUCAAAAAUCCAAACAAAAACGCAGUAUUUCCCAAACUCCAAUUUCUUAUCCCAUUCAAGAAAUCUCCUCAGACUCAGACUCAGCUUCCUCCGAUGUGAAUCCACCGAUGAUCUCAACUCUUUAGCCUCUCAGCUCGCCUCCGAUGUGCUACGCGAAACUGAUCCAGAAUGUGAAGGCCUUAGCGUCUGUUUUGCCAAUGGUGUUUGGGUUGAACAAACCUUUCCUCUUCUCCAUUCCUUCAGACAACUGUUGACCACUGAUUAUAAGGCCACUCUGGCCUCUGUUGAUCUCAAGAACAAGGCUCACGAAGUGGUCAAUGAAGUUAAUUUGUGGGCUGAAGAAAAGACAAAGGGGCUUAUCAAAGACAUUCUUCCUUCUGGUUCACUUGGCAGCUUCACAAGGCUCAUUUUUGCAAAUUCACUGUACUUCAAAGCUGCAUGGCAAGAGAGAGACAAGUUUAAUGCAUCAAUGACAAAAGAGGGUGAUUUUCACAUUCUGAAUGGCACAUCAGUUAAGGUUCCGUUCAUGACAAGCAAGCAGUUCCGGCAGAUUCGUGUUUGCGAUGGUUUCAAAGUCCUCCAACUUGCUUAUGAGUCGGGUCGAGAUGAGCGCCAAUUCUCUAUGUAUAUUUUCCUUCCGGAUGCAAAUGAUGGGCUGCCAGCUUUGGUUGAGCGAGUGACUUCUGAAUCUGGGUUCCUAGAACAUCAUCUUCCUGAUAGAGAAGUGGAAGUACUAGACUUCAGGAUUCCAAAAUUCAAGUUUUCUUUCGGAGUUGAACUUUCCAAUGUACUGAAAGAGAUGGGGCUGGUUUUGCCUUUCUCACGUUUCCAUGCAGAUCUGACAAAAAUGGUGGACCGGGACCCUCUUAUGAGUGACAAAAACCUAUUUGUUUCCAACAUAAGACACAAAUCUUUCAUUUCACUGAAUGAAGAAAGCACUGAAGCUGCAGCCGUUACUGAAGAAUCAGAUGACGAUAUGGGGUUUUCCUUGAAUUAUAUUUAUCCAAAGGUGGUAGAUUUUGUAGCUGACCACCCUUUCUUGUUCCUUAUUAGAGAAAGUUUGUCUGGAACUGUGUUCUUUAUUGGACAGGUGCUCAAUCCUCUUCAUGAAUGAAACGGUACCAGGGCGAGAGAAUAAGAGAAUUAUUAGCAAUAUCAA